GCGCUCUGGCCGCAGCACUCACCUCGCCCAGGCCGCGCACAGGUCUGCCCGGGAGGCGCGAAGGGCUCAGGCAGCGCGAAGGGCAGCCCCGGCCGCCUGAGGUCCCCGGACCAUGGCGGCGAUGGUGGCGGCGCUGCGCCGGCCGGUCGCCCACUUCCGGUCGCGGACACGGGCCUGGACACGCGGGACCCGGUGCGCGGCGGACGCAGCGGGAGCAGGGCAGCAGAGCUUCGAUCUCUUGGUGAUUGGUGGGGGAUCUGGUGGCCUAGCUUGUGCCAAGGAAGCAGGGCAGCAGAGCUUCGAUCUCUUGGUGAUUGGUGGGGGAUCUGGUGGCCUAGCUUGUGCCAAGGAAGCUGCUCAGCUGGGAAGGAAGGUGGCAGUGGCUGACUAUGUGGAGCCCUCCCCCCAAGGUACCAGGUGGGGCCUUGGUGGCACCUGUGUCAACGUGGGUUGCAUACCCAAGAAGCUGAUGCACCAGGCCGCACUGCUGGGGGACAUGAUCAAAGAUGCUGACCACUAUGGCUGGGAGGUGGCCCAGCCCAUCCAGCACAACUGGAAGAAAAUGGCAGAAGCUGUGCAAAACCACGUGAAGUCCUUGAACUGGGGUCACCGAGUCCAACUUCAGGACAGGAAAGUCAAGUACUUUAACAUCAAAGCCAGCUUUGUGAAUGAACACACAGUUUGCGGUGUUGAUAAAGGUGGGAAGGCGACCCUGCUCUCAGCUGACCACAUAGUCAUCGCUACAGGAGGGCGGCCGAGGUACCCCACACAAAUCAAAGGAGCCCUGGAAUAUGGAAUCACAAGUGAUGAUAUAUUCUGGCUGAAGGAAUCCCCCGGGAAAACGUUGGUGGUUGGAGCCAGUUAUGUGGCCCUAGAGUGUGCUGGCUUCCUCACAGGGAUUGGACUGGAUACCACAGUCAUGAUGCGCAGCAUCCCUCUCCGAGGCUUUGACCAGCAAAUGUCAUCGUUGGUCACAGACCACAUGGAAUCUCAUGGUACCCGAUUCCUGAAAGGCUGUGUCCCCUCCCUCAUCAAAAAACUCCCAACUGGCCAACUGCAGGUCACCUGGAAGGACCAGGCCUCUGGCAAAGAAGACACAGGCACCUUUGAUACUGUCCUGUGGGCCAUAGGGCGAGUUCCAGAAACUAGAAAUCUGAAUCUGGAGAAGGCUGGUGUGAAUGUCAACCCUGAGAAUCAGAAGAUUGUUGUGGAUGCCCAGGAGGCCACCUCUGUCCCCCACAUCUUUGCCAUUGGAGAUGUUGCUGAGGGGCGGCCUGAGCUGACACCCACUGCUAUCAAGGCAGGAAAGCUGCUGGCUCAGAGGCUCUUCGGGAAAUCUUCAACCUUAAUGGAUUACAGCAACGUUCCCACGACUGUCUUCACACCACUGGAGUAUGGCUGUGUGGGGUUGUCUGAGGAGGAAGCUGUGGCUCUCCAUGGCCAGGAGCAUGUAGAGGUUUACCAUGCAUAUUAUAAGCCACUGGAGUUCACAGUGACGGGGCGGGACGCAUCACAGUGCUACAUAAAGAUGGUGUGCUUGAGGGAGGCCCCACAGCUGGUGCUGGGCCUGCACUUCCUCGGCCCCAACGCUGGAGAAGUCACUCAAGGAUUUGCUCUGGGGAUCAAAUGUGGGGCGUCAUAUGCACAGGUGAUGCAGACAGUAGGGAUCCAUCCCACCUGCUCUGAGGAGGUGGUGAAGCUGCACAUCUCCAAACGUUCGGGCCUGGAGCCCACUGUGACUGGAUGCUGAGGUUAAGUCACCAUCCCUGCCAAGCUGAGGGCACACACUAAGCCAUGUGUCCAGCACAAGGCUCCUCAGACACCUGGAUCCAGGACUGGAAGGUUUUACUAGCACCUCAGAGAUCCCCGAAGACGUGGGUGGAGCACCGUGUGUCUGCAUAAAUGGCUGUGUGUCUGUCCUGCAGGGAUGACUCCAGGGAGCAGUUACUCCACACCUGCAUCCUCUGGCUGGCCUUCUCAUACUCCAGCGUCAAAUGAUGAUGGCCUGCGCAGAAACCCCAUGUGGGCUGCUCGGGUUUGAGACCCCUGGCAUUUCUGGAGCGCCAAUAAAGAGGAUGUUUUCCUGAA